CUACGGUUAUGUGACCCAUUUGGCCACACGGGUUUCACCCAAGAAACUCCGCAACUGGUUCUUGGUCUACUCACAGACAUGUUGCGGCUGCGUUGGAUACCACGCGGUCUGAACAAUGAAACUUCCGAUCAGCGGCUACCUGACCGACAGUUGUUCUCCAGCAAUAAAUGUUUCGGCCACUGCACUGCCCCCUCUGCGACUGUUUCUCCUACCCCGGCUCCAGGCGUUAGUGGAUUGGCUGCCCUUAUGGCACCGACGGGAGCCAAUGAUUCGGCCAGCUGCUGUCUUUUCUGCCAGGACGUCUGCUAUUGGUUUGAGAUGGCCAGUCGCCUGUGCCAGCACCUUGCGCCCGCCUCACCCCCGGCUCUUCCAAGACUCGAGUUAACAGUGGAGGCUGUAAGAGCUCUUAAUGUUAAACCAGACUAUCCAAAAUGGCGAAAAAAUCUCGCCUCUAACGAUGCUGUUAAACAUGCUGAUGCCCGAGCUUUGGAUGAAGCAACCUCCUCGUCCUCCUCGGUUGCCAGCGCUAACGCUUCCAUGGAACCUAGUGACGCCGACCUUGCCACAUUUCCUCCAACUCUACGCCUAAUAUAUCAGCUGUUUCGCUGCCUGAUGGGCGUCAAAGGUUGUGCCGGAGUUGCGUACUCUGCAUACACGGGGGCCAGUGACUCGCGUCGGAGUACAUCGACAGACGAGUCUUCCCGUGUGCCUGCAGAUGGUGCCAGUUCUUCAUCUACGGCUGCGGGUGAGCUUGAUGAUAACGCGCCUGGAAUACACUCAAACGAAGACACAUUCAAGGGUUUCGAGAGCCAUCCACCUCGGGAUCCCGUGAUACUGCGUAACAUUCUCGAAUGUCUCACCUUCCUUGUGCGCGUUGGCAAUGUACUGCAGAACGUACUGACCGCGGCACUUCGGGCAGCAGAGCGUUCCCCACAGCCUGCA